CGCGUGCACAUGAAUGGGUUGAUGACUGUGCGACAGGAGGAGGGUGUGCGGCGAUCGCCCGCAGCACAGGCUUGGACUGUGCGACGCGUUUCUUUGACAGCAGCAGAGGCCUUGACUGUGCGACGCGUUUCUUUGACAACCGCAGAGGCCUGUACUGUGCGACGCUUUUGACAGCAGCAGAGGCCUGUACUGUGCGACGCGUUUGACAGGAGCAGAGGCCUGGAUUGUGCGACGGCACUGCUAGUAGGUCCAUGAUACAGUUGCAGUGACAGAAGGUGGGUAGGGGCACACAGCUUGGUCUGCGGCACUUAGCCAGCCUCGUGUGCGACGUGCGUUGGCUGCGACGAUGACAGAGUGACGUGCAUGCAUGGGCGCGUGCGACAGCCGGCCAAUAUAAUUUUGAUUUGCAUGUCACAGUAAUUUGUUGAUUUUCGAGGUAGAACAGCAAGAAGAGGAAGGACGAGCAGGAACCAUGGAUGCCGACGUGGGAGAUAUCGAGGAUAUGGUUGCCCCUGCCACGGAUACAGGACCGCCCGGGCUCCCUAGUUAUGGCGGCAGCUCCGAGAGGGAGCCCCCCUCAAUGCCUGAGAGCGAUAGCGAGUAUAUGAGUGGACAGCUGGCUGAAUAUGGGUAUAACCUUGUCGACAGUCCCGACGACGCAGACCUUUGGGUGGUCAACACGUGCACUGUGAAGUCCCCAAGCCAAUCAGCUAUGGACACCCUUAUAAAAAAGGGAAAGGAAAGCAAGAAACAUCUUGUGAUCGCAGGGUGUGUGCCACAAGGGGAUAGAGGCGCAAAGGAACUUGAAGGACUGAGCAUUGUUGGCGUGCAGCAGAUUCAUCGAAUAGUUGAAGUUGUUGAAGAAACACUAAAGGGAAACAAUGUCCGGUUGCUUGUGCGGAAGGGGUUGCCAUCCUUGGAUCUCCCAAAGGUGCGCAGAAAUAAAUACAUUGAGAUCAUUCCCAUCAAUGUUGGAUGCCUGGGCGCUUGCACUUACUGCAAGACAAAGCAUGCAAGAGGACAUUUGGGGAGUUACCCUAUUCCUGUUCUGGUAAAUCGAGUACGGGCUGUCAUUGCGGAGGGUGUAUGCGAGAUAUGGUUGAGCAGUGAGGACACGGGUGCAUAUGGUAGAGACAUCGGGACGAAUCUCCCAGAACUUCUGCAGGCCUUAUUGGCAGAGCUUCCGACCGACGGGAGGACAAUGCUGCGAGUCGGGAUGACCAACCCUCCAUACAUCUUACAGCAUCUCGAAGCCAUAGCUGAAAUCCUUUGCGACGCUCGGGUCUAUGCCUUUCUCCACGUGCCGGUCCAGUCAGGCAGUGAUGCAGUUCUUAAGGCAAUGAACAGGGAAUACACAGUCGCUGAGUUCCGUCAGGUCGCCGAUACUCUGCGAAAUCUUGUUCCUGGGCUGCAUCUUGCAACAGAUAUCAUCUGUGGAUUUCCUGGGGAGACGGAGGAAGACUUUGAAGCCACCAUGGCUUUGGUAAAGGAGUAUCGAUUCCCUGAAAGCCGGAGGUCUGCAAUGGGUCACGGGGUCUGGGGGAGGUCUUCAAGUGUCUUGAUUGACAGUGAGAAGGGGUCUUCGGGAGUCUUGAGCAGUCCCAGGUCAGCGGCAGCAAUAGGGGUCUUGAAGGAGGUCUUGGUCAGGUCGAUGAUGGAGGCAAGGCGAACUGCAAGGGUCUUGGUCAGGUCGAUGAUGGAAGCAAGGCGAACUGCAAAGGUCUUGGUCAGCGGCAAGGGGGGGUCUUCAAUGGUCUUCAGCAAGGAGAGACAAGAUGCUGAGUGUCCACAAGCUUCGGACAAGAUGGACAAGGAAGUGGGGAGGGCGAAUGGGGCAGGGCUAGGCAAGGGACAAGGGCAGAUCAGACAUCAGGAAUCGGGAUCAAGGGCAAGGGUGGCUGUGGCAGGGGUGUGUGUAGUAGAACAAGGUGGCGAGGUUGUAGCAGGGUUUAAGCAAGGGUUCAGGGUUUUAGCCAAGGAGACGGUUCAUUGUUGCAACCCAUUCAUUGAGAGAGGGGCAGGGGGAGGAUGGGUUGUGGAACAUGUGGCCAUGGGGUGCUCAGCCGACGGAAUAGAGGACGUCGUCGGGAGAAGGGCAGGCGGAGUAGACUGCGACGCCUGGGGGGUGUCCGGUGUGAAAGUCGUCGCCGGCAGACGAAUUGUUGAUGCCAGGACAUGGCUACAAGGGGCGGGGGGACAGUGUUCAAGUGGAGGAGGGCCCAGAGGCCGCGGUGGAGGAGGAGGAAGUGGAUAUGGGAGGGCUGGAUCCGGUGGGGCGGGAAGCCUGGUGGGUGGAGCGGCUGGCCUUGGGGCAAUUGGUUUGCUGAUGCCCCAGCUGGCGGCAACGGAAACAACCGCCGUUGGCCUGGAGGAAGGCGCGUUCGGCAGGGUUGAGCUUUUUGAGACGGGGGGGUUGGGGGGAGGAGAAAGGCUGGGAGGCCAGGCGUUGUCGUUCCAUCCUCAUGAGAUGGACAGCCUGGAAAUCCUCCUCGGUGAAUUGGGUUGGGUCAAGGGACUCGGGAGAGGAGUCAAGGUCGUCGUCGGAGGCCAUGGUGUGGGAAAACCGGGUGCGGUUGGGGGCGGCUGGUUGUUGAGAGCGGAGGUGAGGAAGGCGAUCAUGGUGGAGGAGGCGGGUAAGGAGAUCGGUGAGAGGGAGCUCGGGCUCAUGGGCGAGGGCUGCGGCGAGGUGGGGGAAGCAUACCCGCUUGAUGCCAGAGAUGAAGACGUAGUCGGGAAUGAGAGUCGACGGGAUGUGGAGGCGGAGGGAGCGAACGUAAUGGAUGAAUCGCUCGGUGGGGCCGGUUUGGCGGAGGUUGCAAAAUUGAUCGAUGUAGUCAUCGAUGGUCUUUUGCGGACGGAAGGUGGCGAUGAGAAGGUCGGCCCAUUGGAGGAAGGUGAUGCGGGGAAGGCCGUUGGCUCGGCGGUUGUUGGCUUCGGCAUUUUGAAUUUGAGAGAGGAAAAGGAGGACGUCCUCAUGGGGGAGGCCGAAGAACGUCGCGAUAUCGGCGGCGUGGAAGGAGCGGGGAAUGUCCCCGUUGCGGGGGACGAUGCAAGCGAGGUUGUUGAAGUUGCGGUCGUCGGGAGAGGUGUCGUAGCAGAGGGGAUGGUGGAAGUAGUUAGGAGAGGUUGGGUGAGGAGGGAGGAGAGGCGAAGGGGAGUGGUUCGUGUAGUGGUGGCAGCGCUUGUAGUAGGUUGUGAGGAGGGGAGGGAAACGGGAAGGGAAGUGACAGGGGUGGAAGAAGGUGUGGUGGAGGACGGUGGGUUGGAUGAUGAGGCCUGGCCGGCUUGGCCGGCGGAGAGGCUUUGGCCAGAUUGGCCAGAGGAGGGGGGUUGGCUAUUUUGGCUGGAAGAAGAUGGUUGGCCGGUUUGGCCAGCGGGGGUGGAUUGGAUGGAUUGGCCGGAGGAGGAGGGGGGUGAUGACAUCGUGACGACGGUGAUGGCGGGUGUGUGGUUUUCGAGGGAGGCGACGCGAUCGGAUAUGGAGGUCAUGGAGGCCUCGAUUUUGCGGAGCGAGGCAGAGAGUGCUUGAAACAUGGAGAGGAGAGAUGUGUUCUCCCUGGUGCCUGGCUGGUCGACAAGCUCGCGGUGGAUAUCCUCGACGGAAUCCAUGCGGAGCAAGCCCAUGUUGAUGCUUGAGGUGCCUUCGGCCAUGGGGAGGGACGAAGGUGGGGCAGAGGGAGAAGAUGGAGUGGAGGGGACAACGGAGGUGGCAGCAGCGGCGGCGGCACGUUGGGAGUUCUUUGUUUGCCGGGGCAUGCGGCGAGGGGAGGGGGAAGAAUUAAUUUAGAAUAAAAUUAAAUUUCAUUC